UACGCAGGUCGCCGAAGAAAAGGCGAGCGCAGACGCAUCGGCCGUCAGUCGUUCCAGGGCCGUCUGAGGUGUCGGACCACAAUCUAGUCAUUAUUUUUUUUUAUAAUUUCGUAAUCAAGAGGUCACCAUGAAAGUGUUUAUCGCGUUAGCUGCGAUAGCGGCGCUCGCAAGUGCCCAAUUCAAAUGCCCAGCGAAAGACGGCCAGUACGAAGAUGACAGACAAUGUGACAAGUUCUACGAGUGUACCGAUGGUGUAGCGACGACCAAGCUGUGCCCGGACGGUCUCGUGUUCGAUCCCACCAUCAGAAAGAUCAACAAGUGCGACCAACCCUUCAAUGUCGACUGUGGAGACAGGACUGAACUACAGCCUCCAAAGCCCAACCAUCAAUGCCCACGCCGCAACGGUUUCUUCGCGCACCCCGAUGCGUCCGUAUGCAACAUCUUCUACAACUGCAUCGAGGGUGAAGCCAUUGAAGUAAAGUGCACCGCCGGCCUUCAUUUCGACGAGUACUCUGGCACGUGUGUGUGGCCUGAUGCUGCUGGCAGGCAGGGCUGCAACGUGCAGGAGAGGAAGACCAAGGACGGUUUCGAGUGCCCCAAGGAGCAGCAGGUCGACGCGCAGGGUCAGCCCGUGGCCCACCCCAAAUUCGCCCACCCCACUGACUGCCAGAGGUUCUACGUAUGUCUCAACGGAGUGGAGCCCAGGGACCUUGGUUGUACUGUAGGAGAAGUUUACAAUGAGGAGUCGCAGAAAUGCGACGCGCCUGAGAAUGUGCGCGGAUGUGAGGACUGGUACAAGGAUGCCGAGGACGCGGCGCCGGCGCCCAAAGCGAGGUCUUAGGCCUCUAGUGAUAUGAUACUCCUUACUGUUAAGACUUGAUAAGUUAAUAAUAAGUUAAACCAAUUUA